GGCACUCGCUGACGUAGAUUUUGGAGCAUUGUUGAAUCAGGGGGAAGCGUGUAGUGAACAGCUUGUACAGAUUUUAAAUAGCGUUUUGCUGCUUAACUAUUGUCUAGGCAUAAAUAACCAGGACACUGAACACAAGGUUUUUCGAACAACUGCAACGUUACAGGGGUCACAGAUUUAGGCACACUAGGCUUAUAACAAAGCAUCUGGCCAGUGUGCGCGCUAGCGAUGCUAAGAGUUUCUUUCACUCAAAAGAAGCUGACAAAGGAAAUGCGGUCGAUUUGAAAAUAUUAACUUAAAGUGGGGUUGCGAGGAAAACAACUAUUCCCUCCAAAUAGUUAGAAAAGCAGAGUCUUUCGGGCUCUUGUGUUUCCUAUAGCCAGCGGAGAGUUUUGGUAAAACAAACAAAAAAAGACAUCUCAGAUUUGGCUCGCGAUUGUUGAAUUGUCAUUCUAUUGCUACCAUUUUAUCUGAUUUCGACAUCAUUGCUGAAUCGUCAAGUGCCUUUUGGCUACAUUAAUACGUCCUCACGUUAACUUACGUUAUAUGAGGAAUGAAGCUGCCAUUAUGGCUUUAGUCGUGCAAAGAAAGAUGCUCAGAGACUCCUACCCUGAAAUUAAAAGAAGGUAGCCGACAAGCUUACGGUGCGAGCUAGCUAACGUUUAGCGAAGUGUGCCUUAGCAAAGCUAUCUAUCCAGCAAACAAUCACCCUUCUAGUGUGUCAGUGUCACUGUGCUUAUGGCAUUUGAUCUGAAUGUAGUCGACAGUCUGGGAAGCUGGCCCUUGUGCCUAUAAGCAAUUACGAUAAGGUCUCAGUGUUUUAAAUAGGGUUUAAUUAGAAUUCGGCUAACAGGCUAAGCAGUUAGCUGAGCUAAAGCUAACCUUGUAGCUAUCCACUACAAGUAACCAUAGCUAGCACCUAUUGCUACUGAGUUUAAGCGACAGGAAGGGAACGAAGAGUUAUUUUUUUUUUCAAAGCCAACAAUGGCAACCCCCACAACCGAGGCCUUGUUUUUGAUAAAGGAUGUGAAGCCUGGGUCGAAAAACUUGAAUAUCGUAUUCAUCGUAUUGGAAAUAGGACGAGUCACCAAAACGAAAGAUGGUCAUGAAGUUCGCUCCUGUAAGGUGGCGGACAAGAGCGGAAGCAUUGCGAUCUCUGUUUGGGACGAACUCGGCAGCCUGAUUCAGCCGGGGGACAUCAUCAAGCUGACCAGAGGCUAUGCAUCCAUAUGGAAAGGCUGCCUGACCCUAUACACUGGAAGAGGAGGGGAUCUGCAGAAGAUUGGAGAGUUCUGCAUGGUGUAUUCAGAAGUGCCCAACUUCAGUGAACCAAAUCCAGAGCUGCUAGCCCAGGCCAACCAGCAAAACAAGUCUGGUAAACCUGACCAGAACCAGAGGGGAAACUCUCCACCAAAUCAGAAUUCAGGUACACCUGCCCCACCAGGUAAUGGUGCCAUGCAGCCAUUUGCCAACAACAACAACAACAACCCACCACCUGGAGCACCACGUGACCCUGCGUAUGGGAGCAUGGGGCGACCGAACGGUCGGGCACCUGGAAACGGAGCACCUGCGGUUACUGUUGCAGGACCCCCAACUGCUGCAAAGUCUUCAGUAACCAUUAGCAAUGGCAGGGACCCACGGCGUGCCAAAAGAUGAAAUUGAAGUUAUGGGGGAUCAUGGGGAGAAUGAUGAACGUCCCCAUUUCCCCCUGCCUCUUUAAACAUUUCUCCAGCUUCCCCAUCACAGCCUUUUAUUGGCUUACAAAAUUAUGAAUUAAAUUAGGGAUUACUUGCAUUUUUAUACAGGCUAAUGUAGUCACGUGUCGUUUUUUCCAUGCGUAGAAGCGCUCAGUAAGCAGCACAGUGUGAUUGUGAUCUACCACUUGAUGCGCUAGCAGGACUUGUUACAUUUUGUGGUUGAGCUGUGUUCAGCCUUCUCAGUCCACACCAACGUCCUCUAAAUCUCACAGCAAAUUGCCAGUCCUGUGCCAGUGUUACCCCCCCCCCACAUGCACUGUCCUAACCUUUCCCCGUUUACGUUCUUUCAGACUAUACACCCUACUUGAACACUUGAUGCACUUUCUUCUCUUAAUUUAUGUUUGGGCAAGGUUGCCUGUCAUUUAAAUCAGGAAAUCAGUUUCUGCUUUUUAGUGGAAAAGGCCUUAAGUUGGUGAAAAAGAGUUCUUGGACUGAAUGUACAAGCGACAUUCUUCAGAGGGUCUUCUCUCAAAACCAAACUGUAUGCGAAGUGGCUGUGUGACAGGAAAGGUGUUAGUUUUGAAUUUUUAAUGGUAGGUAUAUAUUAAAACUUUUUUCAUAAAACAUGUUUUUUCUUGUUUGCCAUCAGUUGUACCUUGAUCAAGGUGGGACCACUUAAAUACUGGCAAAACGGUUCACCGAAUAAAUUUUACAGUAAUUCUGCUGCCA